UGUUUGUGUGUCUGACUGAGUGCAUAUGUGUGUGUGUGUGUGUGUGCGUGCAUGUGUGUUUUAGCGUGUGUGUUUGAGUGCCUUAGUGUACAUGAGCCUACUUGACACAGUGAUACCUAUAGGUUUUGUGUUGGGCUAAACGGCAGGGAGACAGGGCUCCCAAGCAGAGCAGGUAAACACUAAUCACUUCCUCUAGGGAGGGAAAUCUUUUCUGGGUCCUAGCUGUCUGACUGGGACGGUAGGUACCUAGCUGUUAUAAGCAAAAUAUAGCUGGUUCAAAUCCCAGAGCCGACUAGGUGAAACAAAUCUGUCGAUGUCCUCUUGAGCAAGACAUUUAACCCUAAUUGCUCCUGUGGUUGCUCUGGAUAAGAGUGUCUGCUAAAUGACUGACUAGCUGACAGGGAGACGCUAUGGCCUCCUCUCUCUUCCCACUGCCUGGGCAAUGUUUAGGCUCGACAAGGCCUCUCUCUCUCUUCCCACUGCCUGGGCAAUGUUUAGGCUCGACAAGGCCUUGAAAUGCAGCAUACAGAGGUAAAUAAAUACGCAAACAGAGGUUUAUAUAGACCUUGUAGAGGAGAAGAAAAGCCUUUCAGAUGUCUCGUCUACAGCACAAAGGAGCUGGAUAAGUGAAGUCCUUGUGUUUACCUGAAGGCUUUGUCUAAUGGUUGACUCUGGGCUUUACGUUGUUAUGAGCAUAGUGAGUUGAGUUCUGAUGUGUGUGUUUAGGUUUCCGUUGUGUGUGUGUGUUUGGGUGUGUGAUGUGUGUGUGUGUUCAGUAUAUGUGAACAGGUAUGGGGUUGUGUCCCUUGAACAGGUGGGCUACCAAAGAGAGGACCCACCUGAUCUGUAAACAGUGUCUCAGAAAGUUUCUGUACAGUCCAGCCUCUGUUCCCUGGGAAAAGGCUGCAUCCCUUUAUCGUUUUACUGCUGUGUGUGUGUGUGUGUGUGUGUGUGUGUGUGUGUGUGUGUGUGUGUGUGUGUGUGUGUGUGUGUGUGUGUGUGUGUGUGUGUGUGUGUGUGUGCGUGCACGCCAACCAUGAGUGUGUGUGUGUUUGCGUUCUGUACCAUGAGUGUAUGUUACUUUGGCACCAGAUCCUGUAAUAAAGUGCAUACUCUGGGUGGGGACCAAAACAAGCUGGGAUUAUCAGAUGACCAUGACUGUAAUAAGGUGAGCUAGCUACAGUAAACUGUUAGCAUUCAGUUAGCUAACAGCCCUGCACUGUACUGUGGCACCAUGACUGUAAUAAGGUGAGCUAGCUACAGUAAACUGUUAGCAUUCAGUUAGCUAACAGCCCUGCACUGUACUGUGGCACCAUGACUGUAAUAAGGUGAGCUAGCCACAGUAAACUGUUAGCAUUCAGUUAGCUAACAGCGCUGCACUGUACUGUGGCACCAUGACUAAACAUAAUUGCACUCAACGUAAUUGUACACUUUCUGCCAAAAGUCAACAUUUAAGCAAACAUUUCCUAUAAAUAGUGAUGUAAAACCACUAAUUAGACUACUAGACUACUUGGCUGAUGGGGGUUGAUGACCACCUGUGAAACGACCACCUUGGUUUACAUUACAAGAUGGCCACCUGUGUGACUCAACUGUAGCCGCUGCAUUCCUUCUGUGAAAGUCUCCCCCUCCUCCCACUGUGUUUAGUAAUGGGUGAAUAAGACUGAGCAUGUAAUUACACACUAAGAAAAGAGGGUUCCUCAAGGGUUCUUUGGGAAGGGUGAUGGUUCUAUGUGGAACCAUAAGGACUCAAUGAACCCAUUGAGCCCUUCGAUGGUUCUUUGCAUUUCAGAAAAGGGUUUCUCUGUUAGUGAUAAUUAAAAUGUAGGGGUGGUGGCUUAUUAGAAUAUUUCGGGGCAUGGUUUGUUAACAGCUCAUUUUGUACAACCGUGAGUCAGAGUGUCAUUCCAGUUGAUGUAAUCUGUGGUGUUAUGACAUUGCAUUGUAAAUAUGACUAUGGCCAGUGAUGGUGCCUUGUGAAAGACUCACAUAUGGCCUUAUGUCAAUUGAGAACUGUUGUCUACCUCAGUUCUCAAUUUUCCCCUCAGCGAGUCCCAGCAGUUCCAGAGCUAGCACACCUGAUUCAACUACCACAAUAAUAACACCUAUGGAAUUCAAACAAUAUAAUAUGGCUAACCAAAAUAACAACAUUUAAGGUUCUUCAAACGGUACUACAUAGAACAUUUAAGAUUGAUGAAGGUUCUUUAUAGAACCAUUCUCCAUAAAGGUUCUAUAAAGAACCUUAAAAAGUGCUCUGUAUAGCUCCAAAAAGGGUUGUAACCAUAGCGGAACCCUUUUUUGGUGUUAUAUAGAACCUUUUAUUAAUGGUUCUGUAUAGAACCUUAGGAAAGGGUUCUAUAUAGCACCAACAAGGGUAGCACCAACAAGGGAUCCGCUAUGGUUCUAUAAAGAACCUGCAUCAAUCUUAAAUGUUCUGUGUAGUACCGUUUGAAGAACCAUUCAGGUUUUUAAGCCAAAGAACAAGCCAAAGAACCCUAUUUGGCACUAUUUAGAGGCAUUUAGUUUUAGUCUGUACAUUCAGGUCUAUGGCAUGGUUUAAAACAUACUAUCUAGAUCCUGUUUGCUCCUACCUAGAUCCUACUGGAGGAGGCUUGUGGUCGGCUGUUUUGCAGCCGAACAAUGAUGAUGAUGGUGAUUACUGUCGAGGUGCGGAAAAUGAGGUCAUGGAGGAGACCAAGCCGAUGCAGAAGCAUCAUAAGAACUACUCCCAACAACACGGCUACUCAGACCUGAAGAGCUCACAGAUACACAGCCGACGCAAGAGGAGCGUUGAGGAGGCGGUGCCUGCGGUGUGUAAGACGCGGACGGUGAUCUAUGAGAUCCCGCGCAGCCAGGUGGACCCCACGGCUGCCAACUUUCUGAUAUGGCCGCCGUGCGUGGAGGUCAAGAGGUGCACGGGAUGCUGCAACACCAGCAACAUGCGCUGCCACCCCUCACGCAGACACCACCGUACCGUUAAGGUGGCCAAGGUGGAGUAUGUGCGCAGGAAACCCAAGCUGAAGGAGGUCUUGAUCAGGUUAGAAGACCACCUGGAGUGUGUGUGCACGUCACAACAUCACGUGACCGAGCACUCAGACGCAGACACAGGCCACCAUACUAGGGCUAAAGGUAGAAAAAGGAAACCUAAAAAGCUAAAGCUCAACAAGGAUUUAUUGGCGACAUAAUAAACUUGAACACAUUAUUCCAAAGUCUGGCCGCCGGACCCCCCGGCUCCAACAGGUAGGAGGACUUUAGCACCAGCAUGGCAAUCCAACCAAUUACCCACCUGCUGGUCACAAGCCCAAUCAGGGCAGAGAAAGGGUUGCCAAUCAGAUCACAAUCAACGCCACACCCAAUCAGUGUGAGGAGAGGGAGGGCUGAAAUGGGCCACGCUCUGUGAAUGUCGCUGCAUGAUUUAGUGUGAUUUUUAUGCCUGCCUGCGCACUGCAUAUCCUCUUUGUGUUAUGUUUUUAUGCAUGUAUGAGUUUAUGAAUGAGUAUUUCAACCUCACCUUGUUCACCGACCAGUGUUUGUCCUUCACUCCAGCUGUCUCUGUGUCUCUGUGUGUAUCUGAUUUCAAGUGGAUAAUGGAUAAUAUAAUACGUUUUGCUCUGAGACCAGGUUGUCCCUCUGCAGUAUUCUGUGGGAAGGAGCUAGUAUACACUUUUAUUAUUUCUAGAAAAGCUAGCUAUAUGAAGCAAAUCUAUUAUUGUUAUUAUUAGUCAUAUGAAUGUGUUUUGCUUUUUUUUUUCCUAAGCUGCUGAAAUAUAUAUAAUUAUAAAAAUAUAUAUUUUUCAUAUGUUUAAAAAAUAAACUGUUUUAGUGUGGGUGAAAACAACCAGGUUGUAUUUUGUAUUGUCUCUACUUCCCAUGCUCUCCUCUGUAUUUGCUCUCCUAUGUCCUUUAUCUUUCUCUCUCAUCCUCUCUGUCCAUUUGUCUGUCUGUC